AUGCCCGACUUCUCCAGCCUCGCCAUCUCCUCCCCCGACAAGGUGCAGCGGGUCUGCUUCAUCGACCGCCUCGGACGCGGAUCUGGCGGUGUCGUCUACCGUGCUCUGGAAUUCUCCAAAACUUCUAGCCCGGUGCUACGCGCAAUCAAGGUCCUUCGACACGGAUCGGGCACCACCUCAAACGACAACCGCGAGCUCAAAAUCAAUCGCAUGCUCGGACGGCAUCCCAACAUCGCGGCAAUUCAUGACGUCCUCUCAUUCAUGGAGUCAGGCUCCGAAGAGCCCCGCAUCCUCCUUAUCAUGGACUACUUCUCCGGCAGCGACCUCCAUCGCUACUUGUCACAUAGCCCAUCCCUGGUGGGGAACACCGCAGAAGUCAAGAGGAUUUUCCUCCACAUCCUGGACGCAGUCGCAUUCUCCCACAAGAAUGGCGUCUACCAUCGCGACCUGAAGCUCGGCAACAUCCUCGUCGACCGCGCCGUUAACCGCGUCUGCGUCGCCGACUUCGGGUGCGCGACGACCGCCCCUUACAGCACCUCGUAUGGCUGUGGAACCAAGGGCCACCGGUGUCCCGAAAACCUCGUAAACCGCGACUCGUCCGAGCCCUACGACACCCGCCGGAACGACGUCUGGUCGCUCGGCAUCAUCCUCGUCCAGCUCUCGCUCAACAUCACCGGCCUCUGGCGCGACGCGUCGCCCGAAGACCCCUCGUUCGCGGCGUACGCCGCGGACCCGUCCUGGCUGCGCCAGUCCCUCCCGAUCUCCCGCGGGUUCGCCGCGCUGCUCGAGCGCGCGCUCGCGAUCGACCCCGCCGCCGCGAUCGAGCUCGAGGACUUCCGCCGCGCGAUCGUCGAGCUCGACACGUUCUGGCUGACGCCCGCGGAGCUCGAGCGCGCGGCGUCGGACAUCCGCGUGCUCUGGGACGACAUCUACCGCGUGGACCCCGACUACGACGGUGUUGGGGAAGACGAGGAGGAGGAGGAGGAGGAGGAGGAGGAAUCUGGGGAUGACGACGAGGACGGGUCGCGCCGGGAUGCGUACGAGGACAUCUCGCUGGUGUCGGACGACGGCUGUGACAGGGAGCCCUCGUUGCAUUCGGACCCGGGGCGGGAGCCAAACAUGGCGGAGCGGCUCGCGCUGAAGAAGGCGAUCACGGGCAUAGACGGCCACGGGGUCUCGUCGGAGACUUCGAUGGGUGCGUUGAAGUAUUGGCCUACGACGUUGCGCCGGUGCCUUGCGGCGGUCAAGGAGCUCGCGGCUGGGAUCCCAAUCGAGGUCGAGGUUGAGGUCGUGUAA